AUGGACCACAUUGUGUACAAACUUCUUGAGCCACAUUGGUACAAGACGCUCUCGCGUAACGCGACCGCUAGAUCUACCCUUGUGCCUCAAAUCAUCAAGGACCUCGUUGGCCUGAAACCAGCCUUUUUGUAUCAAUUCAUUUGGUGUGAGUUCGAGAACUUCGACUAUGUCGGGAGCUACAUCCCCAAUGAAUUGGGACGACGAGGCUUCCCUAAUACAGCCCAGGGCCUGUCCGAUAAUAAGUACAAGAAUUAUGCCUAUGCUAAGAACAUGGUCUCUAUGUGGCACUGCAUUCGCGAGUACGUCAUAAGCACGCUUCUGAUAUACUACGACAAGAAUACGGCAGACAAGAUGGUUGAAGAAGAUCAAUACGUCCAGGACUGA